AUGGCGGUGAGCUCUGUGUUCCCACCUUCGGCUUCACCCACUGAAGGGGAUGAUCCAUGUGAGAUAGAUGUCAGCAACGUGGCCAUACACAGUGUUAUGCUGCUCAUCUGCCUCUGUGGGGUGGCCGGGAACGGGGCUGUGCUCUGGCUCCUCACACUGCAAGGCCCUGUCGCCCGCAUCUUUGACCUGGCUGUCGCUGACUUCCUCUUCCUCCUCUUUGCGCUGCCCUCCUCCCUGCUCUUCCUGCUGGAGGACAUGUCCUGCUCUCCUAUCAUGCCCCAGGUGUACGUGAGCUUCCUUUUCCAGCUGUCCAUGAUGUCCUACUACUGGGGGCUGUUCCGGCUGACACGCAUCACCGUCAUACCGGACACGCACAAGCUCUGCCUGCUCUUCUUCCACUGUCACCCUCCCCUGCGCCUGCUGUGGGUGGUGGACAGUGCUGUGUAUUGGGUCGCCUUUGCCGUCAUCACUGCCAUUCCCACGGUGACAUUCCUGUGCCCAUCACACGAGCAGGAGCACUGCCGGGUGGCUCUCACCUCCAUGUUUGCCGUCACCCUGCUCAUCUUUGCUGCACCCGUGGUCAUCACCCGCACAAUCGACAUCGUUAAAGCCAAGUGUGGCUCCCAGCAGCAGAAACCCAAGAAGCGCGACAUCGUUAUCUUCAUCAUUGUGCUCUUCAUUCUCUUCCUCAACCUCUGGAAUGUCCUGCAGCAGCUCGGCUUCACCGGUGUGUCCUCCCAGGUUUUUUUCCUGCUCGCCUGCAUCACCAGCACCAUCAAACCAUUAAUCUACUUCCUGGUGGGGAGGUGCUGGAGGCCCUGCUCCUUGGGGUCCCUCCAGCUCUCGCUCCAGAGGGUCUUUGAGGAGAGGAAAGACAUCACUCCCACCAGCAAAGAUACCACCAGGGACAUGGAGGUCUGAGCCUGUUGAUCUGUUCCCCUGCACUUCUGAAGGACCCUGGGACAGUGACUGAGGUUUUUCUUGAGCAAACUGAUCAAUAAAUAUCCACAGGAUCACCCUCCCGCACUGUAUUCCUGCAGGAGCAGGGAGCAGGGGCAGUGCCACAGGCGAUGUGGGAGGGAAGCUCUGCAGGGAGCACAUUGGAGCAUGGCUUUCCUUCUCCCUCCCGGUUCCUAGGACACUGUUCCCCAAACGGAUCCUUCCUCACAGGGCUGUCAUCCCAAAAAUCCCCGUGGCAUGGUUCCUGCAUCCCUCUGCAGUCUGAUAUCAAUAAACAGCUCCUGAAACCUGA